ACAAAGAAAGAUAGCUUUGCCCCGGGCGUGGCUAUGGCGGGGCGAGAGGUGAGGGAGUACACCAAUCUCAGCGAUUCGCGAGAUAAGAGAUGGUAUUCCAAGGGUUUGAGAGACAAGAUAGAUGAUGAAGAUGCGGCGUUCAAGAAGAUGGUCGCCAGGGUUAGUGAACCGGCCAUACUGAUGCAAGAGGUAGCAGGGGAACGCGGAGGGUAUUUGCAUGGACGAGGCGCUCUUGACAGCGAUGAUCUUCUCUACCUCAAAGAACAGAUGGAAGCCGAGGAGGAUGCCGAGAGGGUGAGGAGGAGAUCAGAGAAGAAGGCGUUUGAUGCGUUUAAGAAAGCGGCCAGCUUAGUGGACGCUUCUCAAGCUCCGGCGUUCCCUGCAAUCCGUGUAGAGCCCAAGCCAAGGAGUGGAAUCCGGCAACAGGAUCUACUUAAGAGCAUUGUGGAAGUAAAGCCGAAGAGAGUUCGUGUUGCUGGCCCUGCGACGAAUGAUCGUGUUGAAGCACGAUCGCCGAGUCCAGCAGCUCCUACUACUUUGCAGCCACAAUCCACUACAGAAGCUAAAGAUGGCGACAUUGGUUUGCUGGGUUUAGCGUACCAAAGCUCUGACGAAGAUGAGUAGCGGGCAUUCUAUAAAUAAAUGAAGGUGAUUUGUAUAAAAUGAAUGAUAUCUAUGUUACUUUGUACAAUUGAGAUCGAGCUUAAAA